AUGUCGGUUACACAGCUUGAUCAUGCGAGACAAGAUCGAACGAAUUGUAAAUCGCGUUUGACAAAAUUUAAAACAUUUUUAGAAAAAUUGAAAGAUGAACCGCGCGAGAAUAUUGAUCCUAAUGCAUUAAAAAUACGGUUAGGAAAAAUCGAAGAAACGUGGUCUCAAUAUGAUCAAGCUCAAAAGACCAUAGAGUUGCUUGCUCCUACACCUAGUCGAGAAAUAGAACGUUCAGAAUUUGAAGAUAAUUAUUUUGUUUAUACAAGUUUAGCUAUGAAAUUAAUUAAUGAGUGUUCCAAUCAAACAGUUACUAUGUAUAAUAAUGACAAUGUUAAUCAGGAGGAGGUGGAACGACAGCGUUUGCGCAUUUUUGAAUUAGAGACGAGGAUUCGUGUACAGCACGAGUCUGAAAUACAGCAUUUACGAGAACUUGCCACCUCCCGUGCGACUAUAAAUGAUAAUGAGGCGUCAACUAUCCGAUCACGUUUCCCACUACCCAAGCUAGACCUUCCCAUUUUCUCCGGAGGGUACGAAGAGUGGUUGGGCUUUCGCGAUUCGUUUACUGCUAUCAUUCAUAACGAUGAAUCUAUUCCCAAUGUACAAAAAUUACGUUAUUUGAGGUCGUACUUAAAAGGAAAUGCUGCUCGAGUAAUAGAAAAUAUAGAAACGUCAGAAGCAAAUUACGGUAUAGCUUGGAAAUUAUUAGAGGAUAGAUAUAAUAAUAAACGCAUAAUAGUUGUUAAUCAUAUGCAAGCUUUGAUUGAUUUACAAUCAGUAAUUAAAGAAUCAGCUCCUUGCUUGCGUGAUUUGCUAGACACGACACUUAAACAUGUGAGAGCAUUAAAAGUACUCGGUCAACCAACGGAAUCGUGGGACGUCCCUUUAAUUUGUUUAAUUUCUGCAAAAUUAGAUAAAGAAUCACGGAGAGAAUGGGAACGUUCGGUGAAGGGUAUAAAUGUGCCUAGUUUUGAUUCAUUUAUUGAAUUUUUAAGGGAGAAAUGUCAAAUUUUAGAAAGUUUACAUCUUGGUAUAAAUAAUAAUAAUAAUAGUAAUAAUCAUGGUAAACAAAUUGUAACUCAGGUCUCUAAAUCUCAAGCGAAUAAUGAUAGGAAAAUUUUGGGAAGAACAUUAGUAACAACACAGGGAAAUAUACACUGUUAUCAUUGUAAUGAAAAUCAUUUUAUUCAGAGUUGUGAAGAUUUCGUAAAACUACCUCAUGAACAGAAAACAGAAGUAGUAAAGAAAAAGGGGCUUUGUUUUAAUUGUUUAAGGCGUGGUCAUAUGAUCGGAGAAUGUAAAUCGAGAAAUUGUUCUAUUUGUAAUCGUAGACAUCAUACCGCGAUGCAUUCUGAUUCAAUUGUACAAUCUAGUUUGGAUUCAAAUGAUAAGAAAAAUGAUUCGGUUCAAGUAAAGAAUUGUCACAUAAAGGACUCUUCCGAAGUAAUUUUAUCAACAGCUGUAGUUGAUGUUCUUGACAGUUGUGAGGGAAAACAUGUGUGUAGAGUUCUUUUGGACAGCGGUUCACAACCGAAUAUAAUAACUCGAGACUUAGUUGAUCGUCUUAAAUUAAAGAAAUCAAAGUUUAACGCUACGAUAGAAGUUGUUAAUAAUAAAGAGGUAAAUAGUUCUGAGUGGGUCGUUGCGACAUUCCAAUCACGAAAUUCUUCCUUUUCAGCCAAGCUUGAUUUCCUUGUGUUACCUCAGAUAACCGGAAAUGUUCCUAUCAUGCCAUUGAAUAAAGAUAUCCUUAAAAUUCCUAAAACAUUGAAUUUAGCUGAUCCCGAAUUUGACAAACCAUCAGGAAUCGACAUGUUGAUUGGAGCCGAGCUUUUCUACGAUUUGCUGCAUGUGAACAGAGUUCCCCUCUCCACACCUGGGACAUCAUUGCAGAGUACAAGGUUGGGAUGGAUCGUCUCUGGAAGGAUCAAUGAUCAGGCGAGUCGCUACCGGUUCUCCAGCAAUUUAAUAAGAGAUCCAUUAAGCAUUCAACUGGAGAAUUUUUGGAAAUUGGAGGAAUUUUCUGAAAGGCGAUUCUUGUCAGCUGAAGAGGAGGCGUGCGAGGAGCAUUUUACUUCCAAUAUAGAGAGGUUAUCAUCGGGUCAAUACCAAGUUCGCUUACCUUUCAAUGAUAAGCUGAAUCUUUUGGGAUCAUCUUAUGAAGCAGCAAAAAAGCGAUUUUUUAUCCUGGAAAGAAAAUUGGAGCGAAAUCCAAAACUGAAGGAAGAUUAUCAUCGAUUUAUGAGAACAUAUGAAGAUUUGAAUCAUAUGGAACUCAUUUCAUCAGUGGAUCCUGAAAUUGGAUAUUAUAUUCCUCAUCAUUGUGUCUUGAAGGAGUCAAGCCUUACCACAAAAUUGAGAGUCGUCUUUGAUGCUUCAGCUCAAUCAAAAUCUGGAGUGUCUUUGAACGAGGCAAUGAUGGUUGGACCAACAAUUCAGAGUGGCAUCUUUGAUUUGGUUUUGAGAUUCAGACAGCAUCAAUUUGUUCUCACUGCGGACAUCGAGAAGAUGUAUAGGCAGUUCAUCAUUCAUCCUGGUGAUAGACGAUACCAAAAAAUACUGUGGAGAUAUAACAAGAACGAUCCUUUGGAAACUUAUCAGCUUAACACAGUAACAUAUGGUACUGCUGCAGCACCAUUUUUAGCUACUCGAUGUUUGAAGAAACUGGCAGAAGAUGAGAGAGACUCAUUUCCAAUAGCAGCUGCGGUCCUGGAGGAAGAUUUUUAUGUAGACGAUCUGGCUACUGGUAGGGACACUUUCGAAGAAACUAAACAACUCCAAAUGGAUCUCAUUAAACUGACUAAAAAGGCCGGAUUAAAUUUAUGUCAAUGGAAUUCAAAUCACUCAGAGUUGAUCAAUGAUGUUGAAGAAGGCUCUAAAAAAUUGGAUCAAAUUUUGGGUCGAGAUCCAAUAUCAAAAACUUUAGGAUUGAGAUGGAAUUCUUCGGAGGAUUCACUAAGAUUCAAUUUCGAGACCAAAUUAGAAUCAUUUGAGAAUAUUACCAAGAGAAAGAUAUUAUCUCAGGUAGCGCAACUGUAUGAUCCUCUUGGACUCAUUUCUCCGAUCGUGAUUUUAGCGAAGAUACAAAUGCAGCUUCUCUGGAAGAUGAAUGUAGGAUGGGAUGAUCCUCUUCCCGUAGAAUCACUAACAUUGUGGCAGACUCAUCGGGAGCAAUUAUCACUUUUGUCUGAAUGGAGCAUUCCAAGAUCAGUCAGGGUUCCAGAGGCAAAGGAGUGCCAACUGCAUGGUUUUGCUGACGCAAGUCAAAAAGCAUAUGGUGCCUGUUUAUAUCUCCGUACUUCCAAUGAUCAUGGACAUCAAUCUAUUUUACUAUGUUCAAAAUCAAGGGUGGCUCCUGUCAAGGUCAUCUCCUUACCAAGAUUGGAAUUAUGUGCUGCGAAACUUCUCGUUAAAUUGUAUGAAGCAAUUAAAAUUGCGCUGAAAAUAAAUUUCGAGAAAAUAUAUUUCUGGUCUGAUUCCAUGAUCACAUUGAACUGGAUAAAUACGCCACCAUAUAAAUUAGAAACCUUUGAAGCAAAUAGAGUCACGGAAAUUCAAAAUUCUACCAAUCCAUCUGACUGGAGACAUGUAUCUACCAAGGAAAAUCCUGCAGAUUUUAUAUCUCGAGGACAGCUACCAAAGGAUUUUCUCGUAAAUGAAUUAUGGAAACAUGGACCUACGUGGCUCAAAUUGAAUGAAUCAGACUGGCCUGAUCACUCAAUAGGAAUUGACAGUUUUAAGAUACCUGCGGAACCAAAACUGUCCAUUCUGAAUGCGAAACUUGUUUCGAGUGAUCAAUUCGAGCUGUGGAAUCGAUAUUCGUCGUUGACGCGAUUGACUCGGAUUGUUGCGUACUGUUGCAGAUUUGCUGAUAGGGUUCGAAAACGUUCAGUCAAUUCGGGUGAAUUAACUUCGGAGGAGAUGCAAGUUUCAUUGAAUAGGAUUUUUCAACAAAUUCAGAAGGAAGAAUUUUCCAAAGAAAUUGAUGCCUUGUCUAAACAAAAAAUAAUUCCUAACGUUUCGAAAAUUCUUCGAUUAACACCUAUAAUCAGAGAGGGACUUCUACGAGCAGGAGGAAGACUUGAAAAUGCCGAUGUCGAAAAUGGAAUCAAACAUCCGAUUCUAAUUCCUAAAAAUCACCCAGUAACCAAUCUCCUCGUACGUGACACUCACAAUGAAUUGAAACACGCUGGUAUUAAUGCCACCUUAUAUGCAAUUCGCGAAAAUUUUUGGAUUGUCGAUGGUCGUUCAGUAGUAAAAAAGAUUAUACAUUCCUGUGUAAAAUGUUGCAGAGCGAAUCCGCGAGACAUACAGUAUACAAUGGGUAAUUAUCCGAAAGCGAGAGUUACAGGCAGUUAUCCGUUCGAACAUACUGGUGUUGACUAUUGUGGUCAUUUUUAUAUAAAGGAGAAACGAUUGCGAAAUAAACAAAAAAUAAAGGUGUAUGUAGCUGUAUUUGUUUGUUUGUCAACCAAGGCUGUACAUAUAGAGCUUGUAAGCGAUCUGACUACUGAUGCAUUUAUUGGUUCUUUACGGCGAUUUUUUAGUAGGCGCGGACAAGUAAAGGCAUUAUAUUCGGAUAAUGCAUCAAAUUUCAUAGGAGCAAGCAACGAGCUAAAGGAGCUUCACAGUUUGCUUAAUUCCAAUGAUCAUAACAAAAAAAUUCAAAGAACAUUGGCUAACCGAAAAAUAGAAUGGCAUUUUAUUCCUGCGCGAUCACCACAUUUUGGUGGAUUGUGGGAAGCAGCUGUGAAGUCCCUGAAGCAUCAUCUGCGGAGAGUGAUGGGUGAAUCAUUGUUGGCAUAUGAGGAAAUGACUACGUUACUGUGUGAAAUCGAAGCGAUACUUAAUUCGCGCCCGCUUACACCUAUGUCAACGGAUCCAAACGAUCUUCGGGUGCUUACUCCAGGACAUUUUCUUAUCGGAAAAUCAUUGCAAAGUAUUCCUACUGUAGACUAUACUGAUAUUAAUGUAAACCGAUUAUCCUCGUGGCAACAUGUACAGAAAAUAAAAAAUAAUUUAUGGAAACGUUGGUACAAUGAGUAUCUAAAUGAAAUUAAUAUUAAAAAUAAAUGGUACAAUGGCCAAAGCGAGGAUAUCAAGGUAGGGAGAUUAGUGACAGUAAGGGAUGAUAAUUUACCCCCGUUGCGUUGGGUCUUAGGUCGAAUAAUUGAGGUAUUUCCGGGAGAGGAUAAUAUUGUAAGAGUGGUUAAAAUUAAAACAUCCUCGGGAGAAUAUAUGCGCGCUGUUAAAAAACUAGCUCCGCUUCCUAUUGAUAAUUAA